UCAGAUGAGAAUUCAUGUCGGUGCGGGCCGGGUGUGUGUGAUACUGUUCGUCGGGUUUCUUACCCCCCUUUGUUUUUUUUCGGACUCGUUCUUCAAAAUUUAAUUUUUUCCGGGGGUAGUGUGUGUUGACAGUGUUUUACCAUUUGUGUUCGGAUUAGGAAUGUCGACGGAAAAGUAUUAAUGUUGGCCGGUGGCAGGAAAUUCAUCUCGAUCCUCAGCUCGAAUCCAGACUCUUAACUCGGUCAGGAUCUGAAAAGUGUCAAAAUUGCGUGAAGGAGGAGCCAAGAUGGCGGCGCUGCAGCAGUAUUGUCUGCGCUGGAACAAUCACAGGUCGAACCUGUUGACGGUUUUCGAUCAGCUCCUUCAGAACGAGGCGUUUACCGACGUGACGUUGGCCUGCGAAGGUGGACUCUCAGUGAAAUGUCAUAAAAUGGUGCUGGCCGCUUGCUCGUCCUACUUCCAGAACGUCUUCACCGAGCUCCCUUGCAGGCACCCCGUCGUCGUGCUCAAGGAUGUCCGUUACUGCGAAAUCAAGGCCAUCCUCCAGUAUAUGUACCGCGGAGAGGUCAAUGUUCAGCAAGAUCAGCUCGCCGCUUUGCUCAAGGUCGCCGAGGCUCUCAAGGUUAAAGGACUCGUCGAGGAAAAUAGCCAGGUGACGAAAUCAGACGAAGACCCGAACACGAUCACGACCUCCUCGAACGCGAACCAGACGACCCCUCACUCCUCGAGCAGCCGGAACUCCACAAGCAACGGAAACCCCAACUCAACGCUCAACUCCAACUCCAACUCCAACAACUCGCCGCCGCACUCGACGAGCGUGCCGGCCCAGUCCAAGUCGCCGUUCAUGUACGGGGGCGGAGGCGGUCACGGGGGCAAGUCGCCCCUGGAGCGGCCUGGCUCCCGCGGGGGUCUCCCGGUCUGGGCGGUCCCGCACGGGUUCCCGCUGCCCUCGACGCCGAACCCGCACGCGGCCGCCAUGCUCUCCUCCUGCUACGAGGCGGCCAUGGGCGCGGACAUCCCGCCGCUGCGACGCAAGAAGAUGUCGGGGAUGAUGAUGUCCCGCGACACGCCGAUCCUCCGCACGGUGCUCGGACAGGGGCAGGCCGACUCGAGCCAGCCGGUCUCCCUCAUCUGCCACCCCGACAGCCACGACUCCCAGAACCACGCCAGCAGCCCCGCUCAGGAUCCGGACAAAAGUAAUUUAUCGGUUAAAGCUGAAUUUUCGUCAGAAGGUGCUCCCUCUCCGUACACAGACGUCACAGACGAGGAAAUGAACGACCGGGCAAGAAUGAUGUUGCACUCAUCCUCACCUAAAUCGUUCUAUGCGGACUCGAAAGGCGGCUCUGUAUCCUCAGCCAUUGCCACGUACGUGCCUACCCAGAAACCAGAGUGGAAGCGGUAUAAACAGUACACACGACACGACAUCGACUCGGCAAUCGAAGCAGUGCAAAACGGUAUGAGUGCUCUGCAAGCCUCUCGGAAAUUUGGAGUGCCAUCACGGACGUUAUACGACAAAGUGAAAAAGCGUGGAAUCGUGACGAGCCGGCCUUUCCGACGGAGCUCAAGUGGGAAUAAUGGUGCAGCGUUUCCUUACGGUAUUAGUGGUGCAAGUUUAAUGUUAGCAGGUAAUGAGCAGAAUCACAUGAGCAUGGAGCGGAUGUACCUGCACCAUGCGGAUGUCGGGGACAGCAGAUCCGCAGAUAACGACAGAGAAGCUGUGGCAAUAGCCGCAGCUGCAGGUGCAUCAAUCAAUUCAGAUCGCAACUCAACGACGCCUCCCAACAGUCAUCCUUCGCCACGAUCUCCUUCGCCGAAUUUAAUCAAGUAUGCAAAUAGGAAUAGUAUGACUCCAUCUCCGCCUCCGAUGCAAGAGGGCGAGGAUGAAGAAGACCAGGUGGAGGAUUUGUCGAUAUCGCGGAAGCCAGACCCGCCUCCAACGUCUAGAGUCAUCAUGCCACCAAUGAGCCAAGCCACCGCAACCAUGCUGGCUGCAGGAAGCGACAGCAUGCCAUCCGAUGGUGUCAGAGAUUGAUAGAUACUUACGCCUACCCUCACAAAAUGCCUUUCAAUAACUCAGGAAUUUGUUAUGUAGUUGUUUUCAGUUUCUUUGCGGCUUCAUCGAGCUUUUUUUGUUCACAAUUAGUUGUGUUUUAAGUGAUGGUCCAUAAAAAUGUCCAGCUGGCAAUGCUGAGUUGUUUUGAGCACUCUUAAAUAUGAGCAUGGUUUCUAAGGAUGCGCAUCCAAAGUCUCAUGUUAGAUGACUAAACUGUACAUUUUCACUGUUGUCUGUAUUUUCACGAUAUUCUUUUGCUUUUUCUGAUAGGUCAUUUAAUUUACCUAACUGAAGGAUCUGUUGCAAAUAGCUGUCUUCAAUGAAGUUUAAUUUUAAUUUUUCCCCUUUCAUACUUGAAAUGUCGAAGUAGGUACCUACCCUCAUUUUUUUAUUCAUCGUCAGUCUAAUCGGUAAUGUUUUUAGUUUGAUCUGUUGAAGCAAGUCAAACAUUGCAGUCUGUUUGUUUGCUGGUUCAUUGAUUUUUUUCUUUACAUUUUUUACAAAGUUCAUGCUCAGAACUGAAGUUACAGCAUUUUCAUUUGUACUUAUCACUGCUAGUUUUCAUUCUCAAGAUACCUCUAUCAUUAAAAACUUUUAUAUUUACCUAUUGUUCGUGGUUGGAGAAAAUUUUCCUCAAAUUAUAUUUUCAACUUAGGUUCAAAAGUUAUCAUGACCAAAUUUUAGAGUGUAGAUUAUUACUUCAGGCUGGUUUCUUUUUGCAUUACUUACGAGGUAUCCUUCUUUACUUAGUCCUAUUUUGUGUUUUUCCUUCUUCCUGACUUUCUCAAUCUUAAUUUUAAAUCAACUGUUCAUUUCAUUAUAUAAGACUGAUUUGUUUUAAUUUUUAUUAAAGACAUUCUUGUUGUUUCCUAUUGAAGAAAUAGAUUAGCUUGGAGUCCAGUUUUUCAUUUCAUGUUACAAGAUAUUUUAUUUUCAAAUAGUAAGACUGGUUCUGUUUGACACUAAGAUGCAAGUGUAAAUCAUCUGUUCUGGAUUUUGAAAUUGAGUGAAUGCAUAGAAAGUUAUCCUACCCAUCAUGGUUGAUCAACGUUAAAUCGAAAAAUCUCUAAAAAAACUUAAAGGUCAGCAGAUUUGGAUAAUAAGUAUGUUGAAAUAUUUGUUUCUGCCACUUUGCUUUCCCUGUUGUAAUAUCGUAAAAACACUGAAUCACACACAUCAGAAGUUUAACGUAUAAUAUGUUGCGUUUCCCCAAUUUGAAGGAACCAUCAUUGAGGAGGACUCGUCUGUAUAGUCAAAUUUUCCAAUUCAACAAUGGUUUAACUUAUACUGGCAUUGAAUAAUGUUGAACAUAUCUUAAGUUUGAUGAAUCCGCUGACACUGAAUGUAUUGAUCAAUGCAGCUCACUUCUCUAUCUGCAUUUAUUUCCACAAUAUAGAAAAAUCUAGAUAAUGAAUCUUUAUAAAACUAAAAUCCCUCACUGUCUUUCCUGAGUUACCUGUGCCACUCAAAGUUCAAAAUAGCCAAUUAUUUUUAAAUCCUUUUUCUCUAGCUAAUUGUUUCUUUUCGUUUCAGAUGAUAUCAGUUAAUUUUAUCACAAUUCGUUAUUUCUCCAGCCUAGUACCUUACCGCCUCCUGUUACAAAAAGUUUAAUUAUCCUACAAAGUAAAUUGUUACCACAUUUACAUUGGAGUGAAAUCAAAGUUAAUUUUUAGCAAAUCUCACAUUUUUUUAAGGAAAGUUCUUGAAUUUAAUAUUUCACACUCGUUAUUACAUAUUUUUGUAUCCAUCUCUUGUUAAAUAACACUUAGUUCAAUUAAAUCCGUAUAUUUUUGUCCCUGGAUAAACAGUUUUUCCAUGAACGCAAACGCAGUGCCUACAAAUCUGAAUGAAUCCUGAAUUUGAGGAACAUCUAAAAAUUAAACUUAUCUCAUUUUCCUCAUCUCAAAAUUCAUGGAUGAAGUAUUGUUUGUUGGGUUUUGCACACAUAUUUAAUUUUUUAACAAUAUUCACUCAAAUGUAUUUACCUACCUAGUUCAAAUCACUAGCAAUUUUUUCCCCUCAGUUUUGCCUUUACUAAAGCUUGAGAAAUUUACGUUUUGAUAAAUAUCUACUCCUUCAAUACAAUGUCGCUCACUACUUUUAUUCUUACAAUUAGAGAUGCAACCACAAUGUUAAUCAAAAUGUUUUUAUUUGUCAUACUUAUACGUUACGCUGUUUAGUCAAUGUUACGAAUGUGUUCUUAAAGUGUAUUUAAACAUUAAAAAGUACUGAUACUAUAGCUAUACUUAUUUAUCACGUUACGUAUCUCUAAUCUUUGUUUUCACGUGAACACAAUGUGUUUUAUUGUUAGCACAAUUUUGUUCUUAGUAUUUAUCAGUGUGGAAACUCCACUAGAAAAGCUCAUCAUUUGGACUCUGUCUUGUUUUAUCAUUAUCAUCAAAUGAAAACAAAGCCGUAAUGCUUUGAUGUGAUGUUGCUUCAUAUGGUUUGUUACUGCAAGCAGACUUGGUUUAUUACUUUGCCUAAGGAUUCUUUUAAGUUUCGCACUGUUCCAUAUGUCAGAUGUGAGCUUGUAGCAUUCAUCUGGCUCUAAUUAUCCUCAAUUGUGUUGAAAUUCCAGUACAUACCCUUAUAUUAUAAACAUAAAUGGGGUAAAAAAAAAACCUUAAAUAACAUGAAUCAUGAGAAAACAUACCUGUAGUAGCACACCUCGUAAAAUAACUUGUAAGCUGCAAGGUUCUACAAUUUUGAAAGUUUAACUUAGAGCAACUUAAUAAUCAGAGCUCAAAAAUUUUUUGUAAAAAUUGACGAACUGGAAGGUCAAAAAAAUAAAAAUAAGGGAGGAUGGACUGAAUCUUCUGUUUAUUUUUCUUGCAAAGAAUGCUGCAUGAUAAUUCGUUUUUGAUCUAUUUUGCUACCUUUAUGUGAAAUAAUAAUUUUUCUUCUUCUUUCUUGUAAGUUUUACGGUGUGUGCUGCUAGGGAAGUGACUUUAAAUAUUACAGUAACAAAAGAAGGCAAAAUUCAAAACGCAAAGGUAAAAGAUAAAUUAAAUCACUAAUUUCUUGGCUUUUGAAAAUUUUGAAAACAUGAAUUGGCUCUGUGUACGAUUAGGCUGCGUGAUGAAUUUUGCCUAUUAAUAGAUCGAUUAAUAGAUAGAUUAAUAGAUAGAUUAAUAGAUUGGUUCACCUCGAGGCAGACCAACUCCCAUUGCAAAACUUAGCCUCUUGAGUAGAAUGUUGUCUCUUACAGCGGUGUGCGCACAGUAUUAGUCAUGUAUUUUUGUAACUUUAUUAGGUAAAUGCUCAAUAAUUCCUCACUAUAAGAUUCAGUUCCUUUUAAUCAGCCGUAUCUACCUCACUUUGUUAAUUGGUGUUUAAGGGAGCUUAUUUUAUUUUCUUGACCAUAUUAUUGUCGUUAUUUUGUAACUUUGUAGCUCAUCAUACUCAUCCUCACCUAGUUUGUACAGUUUUUCAGCAAUGUUUAUUAGUAAAUAAUACUGACUGUUUUGAUGUCUUUUCCUGUAUAUUGUAAAACUGAUAUUGCAGAAAUCUUAUCCGUAUUGGAGAAGCAAAUGUUGUAGAUUAAGUGAUACAGUAGGCACUAUAAAUAUUUUUUAAGUUGUCAUUUCAACUGUUGAAUGUACCUAUUUCUACCACCUAUUUUGUACCUCCUUCAGUACUCGCACCCUCUUGUAAUCAAUGGCUUGAACUGAUCCCUUCAAUUGCAAGCAAUCUUAUGUGGAUUCAACAUAUAAAUGCUUUGCCCAAGUUCUAAUGUAGUCAUGAUCAACUGUCGGGACCAUUUGAUUUCAAUACCUGUAUACCUGCAAGGGUUUUUAACCUCAUUGUGUUCAUGUGAGCAAUUUUCUUUGACUUUGAAAAUUUAAUUAAGUUUUUGACUGUGCGGCGGGUUUCCCCAUCCUUGAUGUUCAUAUAUCCAUUAUCCACCACAAAAAUCUCAGAUUCGUUGGUGUGAUAGUAAUCAAAAUUUGUGUUCAGGUUUGUUUCGCUUGUGUUCAUUGCUACUUUUUUCAGACUGAAAAAGAGAAAAGGUUCUUUCUGGCUUUUGUAUUUAUUUAUAUAUUAGGAGAUACUUACAAAAUUGAAUAAGGAUAGGUGUGCUUAUAAACUUAUAUUAAAUGGGCUUUUUGAAGUAGGUUGAUUUCCUAGAGUUAAGAAAUAUUUGGUUGGUUGACUAUUUAUUUUGUAUUUGAAAGAGCAGGAAUCAAGAAUUUGUUACUUGCAUUAUUUUGAAGAUGUGUAAAUCACUUGAGAAGAAAAAUUAUGUAGAUUUAUCAAAGGAGAAGGAAAAAAAACGGCUGGGUAAUAAAUCUGCCACCUAAACUUUUUUUUUUUUUUUUUUAAAUCUUUCGAAGUUUUUUUUUCAUUAAGUUGUACUGCUCUCCUAAAUUACAAUGUUUCAAUAUACCCCUAUCGGUAUUUACAUUCAGUAACUUUGUAGCAACCAACAAAGGAGAGUACCUACCCAUUUUUUAAUUUCGUUCUCUCCUAAAUAUCAGUUUCAUUCAUCAAAACUCUGAUCAAAUUUUAAAAUAGGAGUGCCUACUUUAAACCUGCUCAGUUUGCUCUGUUACCUUUCUUACACUCUUCAGAGCAUCCAAUUAUUGUACUACCUACUCUAAAGUUUCACAUGAGAAGGCACAUUUAAGUAAAAAUUCGGUACCUACAAAAUUUACCACUAAGUAAGCAAUGCGUCAUAAUUAGGUUUUGAUGGUCAUAUAGUCAUAACUACCUAAAAGAAAAGUAGUGUGAGAAAACUUAAUAUCUUGCAUUUUCUACCCUCAAAAUGGUCACUUCAAACAUAAAAACCAAAUAAAUCCCCAAAAAUAUUAAAAACAAAAUUCAGAAAUAUGUACCUAUGUUUACUGAAAAUUAAAGUUUAAAUCUGUUCCAAUUUGCAUCUGCAUUGGGCUCCUAGCAACAUUGGGGGCAUAAAUUGAACUUGUAUUUAAAAACAAAGUAACUGUAAGACUGAUUAAUUUGUGUUAAGCUAUGGAUGUGUAAGCUACAAUUUUAACAUGUGUGUACCUUUCUUGUAAAUUUAAGUAAAAGUAUAAGACUGACUUCGAAUUAGAGGAUAAGUUUCUUGCUUCAUUGUAAUAGUUGACAGUUUCACAUCUGCAUUUCAUGUUUGAGGAUAUCAUGAAUCAGAUAUUUUGCUUCAACUGCAUUAUGGGUAGCUGAAAUACCUUUGAAUAUUUGACUUGUGGGCCGGUUGCAAUUUUUAAAAAGAAUAUGUACUAGUAACAAAUUAAUUUUUGAUAAAAAGUUAAUAAAGAAAAUUUAUUGAAAUAGAUUAUAGAAAAUUAAGGGCCAGAAAAUCCCCACAAAAAAUGAAAAAAGUAAAAAAAAAAACAAAUAAAAAAAGAAUCGAAAAAAGAAGAAAAAAAUCAUAUUGUAAAUAGUCGAACCUUGAAAUUUUUGCGGAAAGCAUUUUGGGUUAAUUUUGUGUUCCAAAACUCUCUCACUUCACUGGUGCAAGAUGGGAAGAAACUAUGUGAAGAAAUUCCAUUUCUCAAAUUUCUUGUUCUCCCUUCAUACUGAGUGAUGUCUUUGAAUAUGCUUACAAAAAUGAAAAAAAUAUCUUCUGGAAUGAUAUUCAUUUUGUUUUGUUUACUAUACUGUAAGCUCUUCAGAUUUUGAAAUACUACAUUGAAGUUGGAAAUUUUGUCACGAAAA